CUUCCCCUCUAGACAGCACAGAAAAUUUCCCGAUAAAUACGUCAUCAAUGAUGGGCAAAUCAAAUUCUUUGGGUACUCAUUUUCAAGACUUGAGCCAAUACGAACAUUCUACCAACCAACCGAUCACUUUGCAGUCGACAUUUGUAACUAAUUUCUCUGGUGUACUGGUAAAUCCUGAAAAUAGGAUACAGGUCGGACAAAAUUAAUAAAAACGUAAUAAGUAAAAUAAUAAUAUCAACAAAGAAACUGCUAUGGUCAAAACAUUAGAUAACUGAUUGUGGAAAAUUACCUGUCUGCCUCCAUAUUGCUAGCUACUAGCUGUAUUAGCUAAAUUGUAGUUUUCAAUUCGGGACAGAAUUUAGCUAUCGUAGAUUUAUUUUAACUAGAGUUUAGAUACCUCGCGAACCUGAUUAAUCCCUGGAAUUUCCUGAGAGAUUUCCGUUACUGAACAGGCGUGUUGCAACAGAUGAUACCUCCAUAGCGAUAUUAAGGAAGAAAUGGCACCGCAGCCAACGGGGAGAGACGUUUUAUGCAGGAAAAGUAGGAAGGUAAAGCGAGAAUGGAACUCCAGCUGGAAUACCAGACUGAAAGAGAUUGUUGGCUUCCUGCCUAUCUCUCUGCCAGCCAAUGGACAUGUGCUCACUAAGAAGGAGACCCUGGUCCACAUGCUGCAGUAUCUGGACUUCCUCCAGAGCCACAUCCAGAGCCUGCAUAGAAGGCUGCCUCCUCACUGCCUCCCACAGAUUCAAGAGAGAGUGGGGUUGGUCUACGAGAAAGGAGAACAGCCAGCCAGAGCCCCUGCUGGAACUAGAAACUCCAGUAUGCUUUCUCAAGGCCAAUCACAAACGUCUCUGCAGCUGUCCACAGAAGAGACUGUCCCUUUGCACAGGGACUGGUGGGUAUCUGGGUGUACGUACUCCAGGGGAUCUCUGCUCUGACUUUUGGGAUUGGACAGCCAGUGAUGACAGUGGCAGUGGGAUGCUGGACUCCCCCCCAAGGUCAUCAUGGUCGCUGUUGCUAAGAGACCACCUGCUGGACUCACCUGUUGGCCUGGGCUCACCACCGAGAUAUGGCUCUCUGCCCCUUCAGGCUGUUUGUGAUACUGAAGAAGGCCUGAACCUCAGCCCCUCCCUUCUCUCCUCCCCCGCCCAUGGACUCACACAUCUUCUGCCCCAGGGCCAGGAGCUGCAGGCACUGUUUGAAGAUGUUUGGGUUACCCCCAAAUCCAGCUCCCCCAAAGUUCCCAGCCUGCCGUGCAUUUCCUCAGCAGAAAAGGUGUCAGAGUUGGACGAUGCUCUGAGAAACAGGGGCGGGCGAGUCUCUUCCCUGAGUGAGGGGGAGAACUGCAAGGGGAGCGACAUCACUUGGACCCCCACCCAGGGGGCCUCACCCAGGAGGGGAAGCCACAUCCACCAGUGCAAAAAGGCCCUGCGGUCUCGCUCCAACCUGAAGAAGAAAUGUGUGAAUGGCUUCAUCAUGUUCUGCCGUAUCAACCGCAAGAUGUACUUAAGCGUCCCAAAAUCGGAGGACACGAGUGGAUGGCACAGACCUGUACUGCUGAAGUGGGUUCAAACUUGUCUCCUCCCCUCUACAUGCUUCUGAGUAGGAUACAAAUGGUAGUGGGGAAGUGAAGGCAAAGAAGUGAGGAGUGAAAAAUAGUGGGACAUUACCCACUUUGAAUGCACAACCGGAGACAGGGCAGGCAGUUGUCUGAUUGGUUGUUAAGAUUCAACUGCAGUGUAAUUUGGAGUGGCUGAUUUCAGAGCCUAGGGCAGUCAGGGAUCUUUAUUUACCUUUUAAUUUAUUGAUAUCUGUCAGGAUGUGAAGGAAAUUUAACCAAAUUUGAAUAAAAGUGUUCUUACAACAAACUUACAUACUGCACCUAUCAGUAGAACACCUUUAACCCCUUAGCACACAUGCCAAAUCUGGCCGAUCCUUGCCCAUUUAGGGGGUACCCUAUUUAAAGCUUUAUAACUCCAGAUGUGAACAGCACAGCGACUUGAAAAAUGUCUUAAAUGAAGCAAGACAUUUGUACCAUUUACAAUACUAACUACUUAGAUUAGAUUAUAUUCAUAACUUUGGAAGAAAUAAAGUGCCACAAAUGCAAUUGUCUAGGCAAAAAAUCAAAAAUGAAUUUGCUCUUUUUUAGUUUGCAAUGAAAUACUGAGAGAUUGCAUAUAUACAGCAGGUUAAACUAUACAUGUCCUGGAUCAAAAACUUCUUGACCACAAGUUCAUAAUAUAUAAGGGAGGAUAUGUGGAACUACUAUAGAUCUACGAAGCAAAAACUAAGCAGUGUACCCAGCAUCUCCAAAUCUAUCCAAAAUGUCUAAAUUAUGCAUUGCUUUAAAUCACAACAUAUUCACGUAUUUCACUACAAAUCAACUGUU